CUCAGUUUCAAACGUGGAAGAUGCGAAUACACCACCUCUCUAGACACUAGAUAUUCAUCUCAUCAUGUUUACCUUACUAUGUUUUUAGCAAUUUUAGUUUAAUCAUCAUAUCAACCAGAAAUUUUAUCUUUGUCUUAGUUAAUUCUGUGUAUAAUAUUAAUGGGACCCUGCUAGGUAGAGGCCUAGUCUUGAUGGAAUUCUAGGUCUGCCACUGUGUGUGUUGUCGGACUCAGCGAGGAAGCAGAACUUCUGUGGAGAAAUGCCAACGUUUUGUCUUAAGGACAUCUACAUGGCCCUAAGAGCAAUGUAGGCUUCGAGCUGGGGGCUCAAGCACUGAAUUGGUCCAGUAUUGCCACUUACCAGGAAUAACGAGCUUCAGCCCAAUAGCGCAAUCCCCUCCCUGCAAGCCAGCGAGGACGGAUUCUUAUACCAGCCGCUGAUCCCACAUCUCACGCCACCGACUUUCAUGACCUCUCGGAUCACGCCGUCUGCUCCAGUGCCUCUUCCUCAUUGGUCGGCUCCCCUUCUCUGCCUUUCGCUGUGCUGGUGGACGCCCCUAAACCCCUUCUGUGCUGGUGGAAGCCGUCUGUGCAUUUGUCUCUUCUCUCAGUUGCUGAUUCCUUGUAAUGUAACUGAAGAGAGUUACAGAUUGGUAACACUAUGAAGGUCAAGAUUCUUCAGUGGCAUGCAGUGGCUUCUUGGACGUGGGAUGCACAGGAUGAGACAUGUGGCAUAUGCAGGAUGGCUUUUGAUGGCUGUUGCCCUGACUGUAAGUUCCCUGGUGACGAUUGCCCACUCAUUUGGGGUGCCUGCAACCAUGCUUAUCAUCUUCAUUGCAUACUGAAGUGGGUCAAUUCUCAAACAUCCACACCCCUUUGCCCCAUGUGCCGUAGAGAGUGGCAGUUUAAGGGCUAAGGUAUUAUGGGCAUCUAGAACUAUAUCAGCGCCAAGCGACUCUCAGUUCUCCUCAGAGAAGACUAUUGAUUUUCUGGUACUAUUGUGAUGCUUUAUUUUAAGUACUUCAUAUUGUUUUCUGCGUAGUACCAAUCCUGGUUCUCUGUUCCUGCUUAUGUGAUCCUGUGUAUGCUUCUUAGCUUGUGAUGGAACAAAUGAAAUGAUUGCUUUUCUUAGGGUUGACUUCCUGAUCUUAUCCCAAAUUGGUUUGUUCUUA